UCACAAGGAAAGCAAAAGCCAAAUGUUUUCCACAGAAGUCCUCCUUUUUGCUGUCUUCAUUUCGACUGCUUUGGCUGGACCAUGGGCUAAUAUCUGUGCUGGCAAGUCUUCCAAUGAGAUCAGGACAUGUGACAGCCAUGGCUGUGGCCAGUAUACUGCUCAAAGAAAUCAUAGGCCUCACCAGGGUGUGGAUGUCUUGUGCUCUGAUGGAUCGACUGUGUAUGCGCCUUUCACCGGAACGAUUGUAGGCCAGGAGAAACCUUAUAAGAACAAAAAUGCCAUUAAUAAUGGAGUUCGGAUAUCUGGAAGAGGUUUUUGUAUAAAAAUGUUCCAUAUUAAGCCAAUUAAAUACAAAGGUUCCAUCAAGAAGGGAGAAAAACUGGGAACUGUAUUGCCCUUGCAGAAAGUUCAUCCUGGCAUACAAUCCCACAUACAUAUUGAAAACUGUGACUUGAGUGAUCCUACUGCAUAUCUCUAAGUAGAAGACAGAUGACCAGAUCUUCUAAAUAGAAAACCAUCUUCUUAAAAACGUGGAUGCAUAUCCUACUUUUCAAGAAAUUUGUGUCCAAAUAAAAAUAUGA